AUGUUUUUUAAUAAUAGUGAACAAAACUUUUAGGGCAACACUCCUCUAGGAUAUCAAUUUGGAGGUGCUUUCACCUUCGGUACAUCUGAUAGAACAGACUGGGUUAAAAGAGAUGAUAAAGUUGCAUCAAAAACAGAAUAAACUGGAGCAUGUGAGAGAUUUGAAGAGACCCUUCGAAUAACUGAAAAAUUACGACAAAGUUAACAAAAAUCUACUAGAUCUAAUUUCCCUAGAGAUGACAGAAUCAAACCAAUUAAGUCAACAAAUCCUCCAGUUGGACAAUAUAAUCUUCAUAAGCAACUCAUUUUGGAUGAAGAAAAUAUCAAAAAUAUUUCAGACAAAAGACAAUAAGAGAAAAAAAAGGCUUAAUUUACAAUUCAAACCUCCUUAGGCAAAAUAAAACCUAAUGGAGAAAUUGACACUCAUCCAACAUGGGUGAAUGGCAAAGAGCAAUAAUUUAGAGAAGAUCCCAUAGGGUAUAUGCAUUGCUUUAUUAUAGACCUGGUUCUUAUAAUCCGAACAUUCCUGGAAGAUCUCAAGCUCCCAUCUCUUUUGGAUAUAAAGAAAAUUUUAAUUGGACCAAGGAUGGACCUUCGCCUGACAAAUACUACAAUUCUGAAACUUUCAGUUAAUUCAGAACUGCCACCAGUUGGUAAGACGCUAAACAUAGAAAAGCUGGGUUUGGUUCAGCACCAAAAAAUAUGUUGCCUAAAUCUAUUGAUCUUGGUCCUGGGUAAUAUUAACCAAAUGAACUUCCUAAAGGCUUAACCAUUUCAUUCCCAAAAAGUGAAAGACAAUAUUACAAAGCAUCUGAUAUCCCUGGUCCUGGGGCUUAUGCUCCCAAAAAUGUUAAUGUUAAGAAAGCCUUUAGCAUUGGACAUAAGUACAUUCCCUUUAAAACCUCAGAUUUCUAUGUUCCUGGCCCUGGAAGUACACAUUUACUAAUACUUAGCUUACAAUCAAAAAUUACCGUCUUAGAGUAAACAGAUUUCAAUGCCCAAAGACAAGAGGUAAGAUCUAGUCACUCGAGAAUCAACACUCAAACCAGGCCCUGGCUAAUAUAUAUAAAAUACUGACACUAUUAAACCUAAAGAAGUUCCAAUUGAAAAUCAACAUGGUUUCGGUGUUGCAAAGAGAUAUGAAUUAGCAGAAGAUGAAAAUCUAUAACUUCCUGAAAAAACAGAAUAAUAAAAACAAGAGGAAAGAGAAAAAAUUGGAUUCUCAACUUUAGGAGGUCCCAAAUUUUCAAUGAGAUAAAAAAACGAAAGGUAAUCAAUCAACUAAAAUCCAUCACCUGGCAAAUAUGAACCUGAUUACGAUUACAAAUAUGGUCAGCAAUCCAAUUAUAAACCACCCUAUCAUUAUACAGUACCUAAGACUGCUACUCCUUCUAUGGGUUAAAGUAAUAGAAGUGAUCCAACAAUUUCUAAAUUUAAAGAAAUUGGACCUGGGAGUUACACAGCACUAUCAUCUUAGUCUGGACCUAGAAUUAGGUAAUUCAUAUAAUAAAAUUUAGUAUGCCUAAAGCUGCUAGAUUUCCUAUCAGAGAACCAGAAGAUGUUGGUCCUGGAUCAUAUAAAAUUGGAACAACGAUUGGUUUAAUACCCAAAUAUCAUUUUGAAAAACAAAGAGAUUAACUAGAAACUUCAUUAACCCAAUUUGAUAAAUUUCAUAAAUGA